AUGGAAGGCAGUAAGUGGUGGUAUUUGAGGGUGGGUUUGAGUGAUCAAACGGGAUGGAAGAUAGGUGGCUGGGUUGUGGUUUCUGGUGGGGAAGGAGGUGAUGGCAGUGGUGGUUUUAUGGCGGAAGGUGGUGCUACCGUGUGGAAUCCUUUAUAUACAAGAACUUUAUCAAAUUUGGAGAAGUAUGAUAGAGAAUGGCUAGUAUAUUCGAAAGAGCUAGAUAAGGGUAUUUUGGGUGUCAUUGAAAUAUUGGAAGAGUUUGACCCGAUUAUCAAAGUGCAUGUGCGACGGAUCACAAGUGAAGGGCUUCAUGUGCAUUAUCUUGGCCACCUAAUCCAAAACGAACUAAUAGCUUUGCUAGCUGAAGAAAUUAAAAAAGAACUUAUCAAAAAGACAAAGGAAGCAAAAUACUACUCAAUCAUACUUGAUUGUACUCCCGAUUCAAGUCAUCAAGAACAGAUGACUAUAAUAGUGAGGUAUUUAAAGUUAUCAUAUAAUUUUAUUACUAUCGAGGAGUCCUUUUUAGAUUUUUUGAAUGUUGAUGAUACAUCUGGAAAAGGAUUAUUUGAUAUUACACUUGAGGAGUUAGAGUCUCUUGGUCUUCAAAUUGAUGAUAUGCGUGAUAAUGUUAAAGCUUGGAGUCUUAAGUCAUUAUGUCAAACUCAUUGGGAAGCUUUAUUUCAAGUUGGAGAAAAAUAUAAUGAUGCUGCAACUGCAGGUGAAGCAACUUCACUAGCAGAAAAAGAACUUAGUGACUUUGAAUUUUUGGUAUCAACUGUUGUUUGGUAUGAAGUACUAAACUGUGUGAAUAUUUUGAGUAAGAAGUUACAAUCAAAGGAUAUGCAUCUUGAUAAUGCUAUUACAGAAAUAAACAAAUUGAUUGGGGGAAUUGAAGAUAAAGAUCUUAAGUUAUAUUGUCAUCGUCUUGAAAAAGCACUCAAGUUUGAAGAAAGAUCGGAUAUUGAUGCCGAGGAAUACGGAGUUGAAAUUAUUUGA